ACCCGCGGCGGCUGAUACCAGGAUGGAUGUGGGAGACGCUUUUCUUUCUUCGCAGGAGCAGGGAAAGGGCGGAGGUUUACCCACAGUCACACGGCGGGGCGCAGGGAGCCAAGAGGGUCCUCACCCACACUCCACGUUCCGGGGCCCCGGGAUGGGGCCGAGGGCUGUCGGCGGGGAAGCCACAAACGCGUCUUGCACUUUUCCGGGGACAGCUGCACUUUUCCGGGGACAGCUGUCACCGUGUUCUGUGCCCUCCCCUACGGCGGGCCAGCUCUGCCCCCCAUCUCACAGGGCUCCCCACUGCCUCCCACCCCAGCCUGGCCUCUGAGGCUUCGGCCCGCCUUCCACCUGCGCCCACCCGGCUGUCAGCCCUGGCGCUACUGACUUUCAGAUGCCACCUCCUGGUGUUCGUCCAGGCUGUUCCCUCUGCCCGGGAUGCUGUUCCUCUGUGGGCGGGCGGCGGAGGGGCGGCCCCAGCGGGUGGGGAAGUGUUGCCGAAAGGCCCCCCACCCCUCCCAGGGCUGCGGUCUGACAGUUGGCCGGACCUUUUCCUGUCGGCUGCUAGUGCUAAGUCAGACCCCUCCUGCGAGGCGGGGGGCUGUGGCCAUUGGGAGUCUGUCCCCGAGGACCCCUCCUCCCUGGAGGUCACACCAGUCUUGAAGCAACAUGAGCAGCCCGGAGCCACCCACAGAGCCCCCCGAGCCUGACGACCCCACUGGGUCGACGCAGCCCACGUACAGCAACCUCGGUGAGGUCCGUGCCCACCUGCUGCCCUCCAAGGCCUGCCGCCCCCGCACCCCUGGGUCCCCCUCCACCGACCCACAGCCCCUGCCCCCACCCCUGCCCCAGAAGAUCUUAACCCGGACGCAGUCACUGCCCACGCGCAGGGGCCUCCACCCCAGCUCCAUCCAAGGAAAGCCGCCCCGGAGGCCCCUUCUGGGGUCCCACAGUGUGGACGAGAGCCAGGCCGAGGCGGGACCAGCCGGUCCCCCUGCAGAGCUGACCUUUGGUCUAGCCGACGCCCCGCUGAGCCUCUCCCUGCGCGAUCUGCACAGCCCGGGGGCCGUGCUCGCUGCACUGGCUGCCCAGCAGCUGGAGGGCCUCUGCGCCAUCUACGCCCAGCUCCGCGCCCGGCUCAUGGGAGGCCACCCGGGGCCCUGCCGCCCCGGCCACGGCUUCCGCCUCCUGGACAGCUCGCCCUGCGCGGAGAGCGGGGACGCCCAGUACUACCGCGUGGUGCGUGUGCACGAGGAGGCCUGGCACAUCCUGGUGGCCAAGGUGCCCAAGCCCGGGGCGGACGUGCCCCACCCGUGGGGCCUGGAGCUGCAGGCCUCCCUGUCCCCGCACUUCAAUCUGCAGGGGCUGUGUGGCCUGGUGCCGGAAGGCGCGCUGCCCGGGGCGCCCUGGAGGGGCGCGGUGGCGCUGGCGGCGGAGGUGCCGGAGCGCACGGUGGCGCAGUGGCUGGCGGAGGCCCGCGCGCAGCCGCCGGAGGAGUUCGCGUGGGCUGUGGCCCUGCAGCUCCUGCAGCUGAGCGCCGCCCUGGAGUUCCUGGAGGCCCGGGGCGCCGCCCUGGUCGAGCUGCGGCCGGAGAACUUGCUGCUGGCGGCCCCGCGGGGCUGUGCGGCGACCGGGCCCCCGCGUCUGCUCCUCGCGGACUUUGGCCGCGUCUGCCCGCAGCCCCCCGGCCCCCACGGCCCCCACGCGCCGCAGCUCGGCCGCCUCCUCCGCGCGCUGCUCGGCCUCGCUGCGCCCUCGACCUUGGCCGCCGGCCUGGAGCGCCUGGCAGCGCAGUUGACCCGCUGGCGGCCCUCGGCGUCCCGCACGCGGGGCGCGCUGCAGGCGCUGCUCUGGGGGCCCGGGCCUGAGCUGCGCGGCCGGGGAGCACCGCUGGGGCCCUGGCUCGGGGCGCUCGGGCCGUGGCUGCGGGUGCGUCGCGCGCUACUGGUCCUGCGCCUGGCAGAGCGGGCGGCAGGCGGGGAAGCGCCGGGUCUCGAGGACUGGCUGUGCUGCGAGUACCUGGCGGAGGCCACCGAGUCCUCCAUGGGCCAGGCCCUGGCGCUGCUGUGGGACUGACCCCAACCCUCAGCGAACACACCUGGCCCAGGCCUGCCCCGGAGGCAGGGCUGGGGCUGAGGUCAGCGUCUCCGUGAACGCCGGGACAACCCCCUCCUGCGGAGUCCAGGGCGAAGCAGAGAGAGCAGUGCCUGCGCUCCAGAGCCUCUCGCCUGCGCUGGGAUGCGGGUCACGGGCUUCCCAGGGGUGCAGAUGCCCGUCCAGGGCUGGGGGCUGAUGGCCAGCGCCUCCUGUGUGGGCAGCACCUCCCUGAAGCCAGGCCCCCCACACGUCUCCCAGGAGCGGACACCCCACUGGAUCACUGUCGCUCUGAAUGUGUUCUGCCUUCCCCAGCAGCCAGGGCGCUCUUGCGGCGGCGGGGCCUGUCACUGGGCGACAGGGCCUGUCACUGUCUCCACUAGAGGCCAAGACCAGGACCAGAGGCAUCCCUGGCCCCAGAGCACCCCCGUGCUGAAGAUGACCAGUGAUUCUGGGUGUGUGGUGGGAAUUGCUGGAUGGUGUCAGGGGAAGGGAAGGCUCCCUGGGACCUUAGACACCCAGCCCAUCUCAGAGGGGUCUGGACUCACCGUCCCUGAAAGUCCCCGUGGGUCUGUGCCACCUCCCCCCCAAUCCCUCUGCGUCCACCCUGCCUCCCUCCGUUCCUCCGUGACCACUAACUUCUUUCCCGCCCCCAAGCAUGUGUAGAGGCUGUUUCCUCUGCCACACCGUUCCAGUUCCACUUCCUCUAAACAAAUACAGGUUCCCCCACCGGGCGCCCUGCGAGCUGCUUACCCUGCGUUCUCUGCCCACUCCCAGCAGACGGCACCACCAAGGAGCAUUUAUUCCUCUCUCCUGUUACUGUCCCCAAGGCUGUGAGCUCCCUGGAGGCAAAGGCCAGGCCUGGCACACAACCCGCCCGGAGGUUGUGGUGAGCCGAGAUCGCGCCAUUGCACUCCAGCCUGGGUAACAAGAGCGAAAACUCCGUCUCAAAAAAAAAAAGAUCCGCCCACCUCAGCCUCGCAGAGUGCUGAGAUCACACGGGCGAGCCACGGCGCUCAAGUUGGUUUUUACGCUGAAAACAGCCCCCUCUACUAUACCUGACUCGUCUUCAGCCUGCAAGGCCUCAGCUCCAAUGCCCCUUCCCUGCAUUUGCGCUGCCCUAACGAGCUGGGAGUGUCUGUCCAGGUCUGUCCUCCCAGCCGACCCCACCAUCGCUCAGACAGCUCAAUACCGGCCCCCCCACCCCUGGCUGACUUUCAGGGCGGUGUUUCCGGCUGCGGCCGGCAGGUGGCGCUGUGGCCGCACAGUCGGCGCGGGAGGCGGGUCCGGAAACGGUCUGCAGGCCACACCCCCACCGGAAGUGCUCCUGCCCUGAACGACACCGCCCCCCAUGCGCAGGCUGGGGCGGGAAGACUCCAAGUGAGCAGUAAGAGCUGGAGUCUCCUCCGCGGGAAAGGUCCCCGCGACCCCUCCCC